UCAAGUCAAAAUUCUUUAGUCACACACAAUCAGCUGGACAAUGUUUAUUUAUUCGAUAAUGUAUUAGGUACAAUAUUUGAGUUGUGAAACCUCUCAAACUUUAAACAAUGCAACUGGGGUGCUGCAUUAACCACAAUUAAGCAGCCAGAGCGGCAAAUUCUUCUCCAUUUUGAAUGCUGAAAAUGGUGCGCUCGAAAAUGGUAAUUUCCGUCGAAAAGUCAAGCACGUUUCUCCAAGCUAUGUUUGCCUCUUAAAUUCGUUACCAAGCCCCCGAAAUGGCUCGGUUGAUGAUGUUAAAGGCGGCAGUUCUGCUCAGACUAUUGGGCAAAGUAGCCAUGGGCUGUUGGGCAUGGUCCAGCUCAAUGCUGCUCGGUUGCGUCCUUCUUUACUGGGUAUACGGAGGGUUUUUUGCAUUCCUUCUCCUUUGCAUUGCUAUAACGGGAAUUUUAUAUCAUGCCGAGGACCACCUUCUCUUCCAUCCUGAGCAACCCUCUCAUUCCCGAGUGUUUGUGCCUGUCCCGUCCAUGUUCGGUCUUCCGUACGAGAACCUCUUCAUCAGGUCUCUUGAUGGAACCCUUCUCCAUAUGUUCUUCAUCAGGCAGCAACCCCAGAAAGCCACAACUGCUCCGACUAUCCUUUUCCUGCAUGGCAAUGCGGGAAACAUGGGCCACAGAUUGCACAAUGCUCUGGGUCUAUAUCACCAGCUCGGCUGUAACAUUUUGCUGGUGGACUACAGGGGCUACGGAAUGUCGCAAGGUUCACCUUCCGAAGAAGGUCUUUAUCUUGACGCACAAGCUGCUCUAUAUUACCUGUCAUCAAGGAAGGACAUAAACCAUAAUGAAAUCAUUGUUUUCGGGAGAUCGCUAGGGGGAGCUGUUGCAAUCGAUUUGGUGUGUAGGGUAGAUUGUGCGCCUAAAAUCUGGUGCGCCAUAGUUGAAAACUCGUUCACCAGCAUCCCAGACAUGGCGCACAUUCUGCUGGGCUCAAGAAUCAUCAAAUCUCUUCCACUGUUUUGCUACAAAAAUAAGUUCCCAAGUUAUGAUAAAGCACCGUGCAUGGCUCGGCCGGCACUUUUCAUAUCCGGCCUUGCGGACACGCUCGUGCCGCCGCGGAUGAUGACCACGCUGAGCCAGCGGUGCGGCAGCAUCCACAAGCAGCUGCUGUGCUUUGAGACGGGUUCGCACAACGAGACGUGGACCUGCCACGGCUACUACCACGCCAUCAGCACCUUCCUGAAUGACUUGCGGGAGCGCAACAACGGACCAGUGGCGCAGGCACCGUUGCCAGCGUCCAGACCCCCGGUGCCUGACCAGGCUUCCCUGUGAUAAGAAAGAAGAGAAACCAGUCAUUCUGUCAGUUUGCGUAUGGGGAGUGAGUUUGCGUGAUUAUUUAUUCAUUUUGUCCUAACUGUGUUAGAUGUGAGUCAAUAACCGAUAGAUAACACAAGUGAAGUACACACCGCAAUGAAUACUUAAAGAUUUUCAACUGGUAGUUUAACUGCUAGGUUUAUUGAGUUGCUGGUAGGUCGCCAAUGUUUGGCAGAGUCACCGUAUUGCUAGUUUCUUCCUAUUAAGGUAAUUGAUUUGUGAUGCAUUUUAACAAGCAACAAUCUAGUGCAUGCUUUUGUGACACUUAAAAUUUUAUUACUUACUUUGAAAGUUAAGUAUUCACAAAAUUGGCUUCAUUAAAAUUCAACUGUCAACUUAAAAGUGGCUAUUUUUUAAAGCAGAAAAUGUUUUGUUAAUAUUGUUGGAAAUUUGGUGGAGUGAUGAUAAUCUGUGUUGAUUAUUCAAUGUGAUGUUUGUUAUAUUGGUUAUGUUUGAAUUUUCGCGAAAAAAGAAAAUGACAAUUUUGCUUCGAAUUUUUACACAAUGCACCUUUGAGAAACAUGAUGUAUGAUUAGAAUGUACUCUUAAGGUGGCGAUAACAGUUACCUGCCAAAGAUAAUUAUUUAGAGAUUGAAUUUAAUAUUGAUAAUUUAAGGAAAAGACAAUUGUUACGGUACGUCAGUGCAAUUAAAAAGACCCAUUGAAAUGAUA